GACGAUACUGAAUAUUUGUCAUGUUUCAAUAGUUAAUUGUUAAUUUUUUAUUAUUUAUUUAUAAUUAAAUAAAUUUAGUAACGAAUUCAUUAAAUUAUGCAAAUUAAUUUUUAUUUUCAUAAAGUUAAGUGCAAUUGAAAAAAUAUGGAAUCGUUGAUAAAAAACAUUGGCAAUGAAAAUUAUUACCCCGAAAAAUAUGUAAAAGAACUAUCACAAAGGUGUAUGGGUUCUGAAGAGUUAUUACAGCAAAAAGUCAAUGUUCAAUCACUAGGCGAACAAAUUAAUAAUUUACUGAAAAAAAAUGUUUUUUAUAACUACACCCAGUUUAUAGAUACUGCUAAAGAAAUAUCCAAUUUAGAAGGUGAAAUGUAUCAACUAUCACAUUUAUUAACUGAACAAUCAUCUCUAUUGACCUCUUUAGCCAGUUCUUCAAUAGUAACCGAUCAAAUAUCUAACUCAGAGAAAAAGUUUAAUGGUGAACAUAGUGCUAAAACAGAUAAUCUUAUUGAAGAAAAAAGACUUCAAAAAUUAUUAAAUAUAAUGGAAAGGGUAGAAAAUUGUGAAAAUUUGGUUGAUGUUCCUGAUCGUAAAUGCUUACACGAAGGUGAUUUAUUAGAAUUGGAUCCAAUAGAAAACACACCUGUUCAAAGGAUUCAUUGCUAUCUUUUCACCGAUAUAUGUAUUGUUGCUAGUUGGAUGUCUAGCAGACGUGGUCCAGCGAAGUAUAGAUUUCAGUCGAUGUAUGACUUACGCAAUUUAGCUGUUGUAAACAUUAAAGACAUCAAAAACUCGUUUAAAUUACUUGCGUUUCCUGAUACUAGAGUAUUCCAGGCACCUAACACAGGAUUGAAGAAUGAUUGGUUGUCGAAAUUCGAAGCUGCUAAAAAGUCGCAAGUAUCCUUGGAAAAUAAAACAAAGAGCACUGUUGAACAAAAAACACUUCAAAGAAUGGACUCAAUUCAACAUGUUCAAAACUCAUAUGAUUUUGAAACUCCAGAAAUAGAAAUACCUGAAUGGAUAGUAGAUUUAGCUGAUGACUUAGAUGUAUUAAUUGCUCAGAGACAUUUUGAAGACGCCAAUUCAUUGAUUAAUAAAGCUAAACAUUAUUUGACAGAAAACACUUGUGAGAUAUCAACAACUGUUGAACAAGAAACUAAAAUUAAACUGGAAGAAAGAAUUCAUGCAUUGACUUUGGCAUUAACUAAAGAGCUUCAAGUUUCUCCAGAUAAAUCUCACAAAGGUGGUUUAAGAGCGGCUAGGAGAGCGGUCAGAAUUUUAAAUCAAUUGGAUAAAUCUUCACAAGCAUGUGAUUUGUUUUUGAAAGUCUGUUCAAAUCUUUUAAAAUCUCAACUUCAAUAUGUAAAACGUGAUGGAGCAAUGCUUACAUUUGUCAAAAAGUACUCUAUGGCUUUUUUUGGGACUACAAUAGAAAUUACUCAUGAAUUCUUGAUCAAGGCUUUCCCUAACAGUCCAGAAUGUUCAUCAGCCUUCAUUUUAUGGAUCAUACAAGAAGUUAAUGAUUUUAUGAUGAUCUUAAUUAAACAAAUGUUUGUGCCCCAAACAUCUUUAACUAAUUUAGCUGAAUGUAUAAAAGUGUUGCAUACAAAUAGUCAAGAGUUAUGUGAAUAUGGAAUAGAUGUGCAAUUUCAAAUAAAUGGUCAACUUAGAAGUCCAUUGACGAAAACUAUUAAUGACGUAAAAGUUAAAACCAUUGAAGUAAUUAAGAUACGAUUUUCAGAAGACAAAUGGAAACCAUAUAAUUUAAAAACUAAACAACAAAGAGAUAAACUUAUUGAAGAGUAUAGGCAAUAUGGAUUUUCAAAUAUAGAGUCGUAUAGCAAAGGGGACUCAUGGAUAAUGCUGACACACAAUACAAUAAUAUUUACACGUUCAUAUUUGUUAUUAUUGAAUGAUUGUCUAGUGUUAAAUACUCCAGACUUAUCUAAUGUAAUAGAUCAACUCCUUUACGAAGUAUUUGCGGCUCAUUGUGGUUUUAUUCAAAACUCGAUAAAAAACAAAAAUUUUGUCAAUGAUAUAAAUAUUAUCACGACUAAUGCAAGAUUUAUUCUGGACAUAUUUUUGGGGCAGUGUUCCAAAGUUUAUUCUGAGUCUACUGGUAAUACUAAAUCAAACAUCUAUAGCCGCUUGAAAUCUGAAUUUGGUGUCAUUCCCACACAAAAUAUAACUGGAUAUAUUUAAAAUAAAUUCAAGGAAUAUUGCUAGUAUACUAGUACCUUAAUAUUCGUUAAACAAAAGUGGCUAUUUAUUUACUGUAUUUUAAAUUUUUUUCCAAUUUUUUUUUGUGCUAUAAAUAUGUUUAAUAAUAAUCUUA